UGAAGUCCUCUCUGCUCUAGAAUCGCCAUUAAGGUUAAAAUACAUAUACACAUCAGUUAGUAAUGGCUGGAAGAUAUUAAUUAGUAAGCUGAUAAGCCUCCUACCCUUCCAUACGCAAGUUAGCACACUCUAAAUACAUUCUCCUCUUCACUGGGUCUAAUUAUGAAGUCCUCUUUACUCUAGAAUCGCCAACAAUAAGGCUUAAACACACAUACAUCAAUUAGUAAUGGCUGGAAAAUAUUAUAGUAAGCUGCCUUGAACCUGCUAUACCCUCCCAUACGCAAGUUAGCACACUCAAAAUACACUAAAUUUUCUCCUCUUCACUGGGUCUAAUUAUAAUCUCCUCUUAGCUCUAGAAUCGCCAACAGUAAGGCUUAAACACAUACAUCAAUUAGUAAUGGCUGGAAGAUAUUAGUAAGCUGCCUUGAACCUGCUACUCUCCCAUACCCAUUACCCAGUUACCACACUCACUCAAAAUACAUUCUCUUCACACAUCAAUUAGAAAUGCCCGGAAUAUUAGCACAAGUGGAUUAACCCUCCAACUUGUCACUCUUGUCAAGCUCCUGUCACCUGAAGUGUCAACUACAUCUCAGCUGUUGAAGAGGUUCUCCUUUCUCUAAUGACAUUUUUUUUUAACGCCUUUUCUUGAGGAUGUUUUCUGGUGUGCAACUGACCAUUAUUCAUAGCACAUAGCAGUUACAGUAAUACCCGUUAAUGCAGACCCCAAGGUGGUUUACUUAGGGGGAAAAAAUGUGAACGAGAUCAUUUUGGCAACAUGCAUUCCGGAGAUGUGUUACCGACUUUUCUUUUAUAAUCGUAUCAGUAGAGAUUACUAAGCACAGGGUCAUUGAUGUUUCUUUAUCGAUGCAUAAGAUGAGCUGUGAUGUAGAAAAGUCACCCAUCUUUACCACUUAUACUUCCAUGUCUCCAGCUCAACGUUUGACAAGGAUUUCGUAGGAGUUUGGGGCAUUUCCGGAGGUUUUUAUGACCCUGGUGGUAGUUUGACCUUUUUUCUGUACUAUGAACGUGAAAAAAUGCUCAUGAAAACCCGAUCGAUCACCUAUUCGGCCUUUGGAAAUAGUUGACGUGAGAGGCGGACUAGCUGGCACCUCACCUCAACACGUGUGUGAGUUGCCACCGAAUCAUCGUUUAACUUUCUUUUUCUCCGAUAACAGGUGAAUUUUCUCACAUCUGCAAGAUUCCAAGGUGACCACAGGUGUUUUAGCAGCACUCCGAGCAGGCAUACAAGCAUACUGAGAUCUAAAAAGCAUUUUCUGUAAUAGAAUGCCCAGCAACUCCUCAUUCAUUCAUAACGCACGCUGAUACACCCACUAAAGUAAACCCCCUCCUCAGCCUCCUGCCACAGUCUCGUGGUAAGAAGUAGCGAGGAGAUAGGUGCGACAAUACAUCUCCUGCCGUUUUGCCUUAGAUUCUUUUUAUUAUGUGUGAAAACGAGCUGCUAAGUACCCUGUAUGGAGACUCGGGCCCACCACCACCUGUGACGGGAGCGGCACACUGGGCAGCCCUCGAAGUGUUGGUGCAUGAGCAAGAAAAGGGUGGUCGUGAAUCUGUUGAGAUGGCCCCCCGUGUGAACACCGAAGAGGAGUGGAAGAGACUCAGUCCGCCUUCCGAACACUUGCCCAGCCAUUUCAUGGAGGAAGACGCACUAUCACCUCAGUGCAGUUCUAUAACUGAGGCACUUGAGAAAUAUAAUCAUCUAAGGUCACCAUCGCCAUCACCGCCACCGACAUCAACUUUUGUAGCUGUAUUGGCCUCGAAACUCCCUCGUGGCUCUGUUCUACUCGAUGCGAGUGACUCGACUUGGACAUCACCACUUCCGAUCGGGAGCGAGGAGUCCGCGGACGACCCGACCGAUGACCACACCAUGGUGAUAGCUACCCAAGCCGUCACUUUACCACAGGAGAAUGGCUACUAUGCAUCCCCAGUGCCUCUGACAACAGGCCAGUCACAGCUAAUCGUGAGUCAGAGUUCCCCUCUGCAGGGUGGAGUGAGCGGGAUGGUUGAUGUCCCAACCCUUAUUGACAUGGAAGGGAAGCACGGCUUCUCAGUGUCUGUUGACGACAAGGAGCGCUCCACCAAGAGUCCCAUGUGGCUGAUGAGCAACAUUGUCAACAAACUAUACACAAACCUUAACAAAGCUGUGCCGUUUGAAGUCAGGAUGAAGAACCCCCCCAAGGGCAAUGUGAAACUCUUCAUCCGGGCAGUUGUUGUGUUCUCCAGUCCAGAGUUCCUGCGCACGAAUGUUACCCGGUGCCCCAACCACGCAGCACCUACUGAAGCAACCAACCAUGACUUUCCCUACCCAAACCACGUGGUGAGGGCAGACCACCCUGCUGCGCACUACCAGCAGAGUCAGUCUGGCCGCCUCUCUGUCGUGGUUCCUCUCGACUUGCAGCAGAGCAGCCCAGAUUAUGUCCUCAUUUUGCUGCGCUUCAUGUGCCUUGGCUCCUGUGUUGGUGGCAUCAGCAGGCGACCAAUCUCCAUUGUGAUCACCUUAGAGAAUGGGCAAGCUGAGGUGCUGGGACGCAAAGUGAUUGACGUGCGGGUUUGUGCCUGUCCCACACGAGACAUCAAGACUGACGAACAGGCUGUCUCCAAUAAGGGAGUCAAGCGCAAAGGAUCUUCAACACAGCCACCUCAAGUCAUCAGAAAAAAGGCCAAAACAGUGGAGCCCAGACCGGAGUUGAGUGAAGGUUCCCAGGAAGUGUUUAACAUAAAGGUACAUGGGCGACAGCUGUACACCUUCAUGAUGGAUAUGAUGCGUGUCUACUACAGCACCCACCCUGACUAUGCACAGCAGCAUCCUGACCCUUCCCUCAUCCCAUGCAGUUCCCAGAGACAGAAGAACUCAUCACAUGCCAAAGAAAAGAUAAACAGGACCGAGCAGGGUGAGGGAAGCAAUAAUGGCUCAGAGAAGUCUGGCAGCAAUUCUCCAAUUCAUGAAGGAAACUUAGUGAUAGAUUCACAGGAGAGUUCUCCUCACAGCCCACCAACAAGUCAGGUGCAGCACCAGCAAGGCUCAGCCCCAACCACUGUGAACCUGAUGGUCAUGAACAGGGAGACCAACGGUAUAGACUCCAGUGUUAAGUCAAAUCCCCAAACAGUAACUGUGGCCUACCCCACUCCCUCCUCCAUCCCCCUGCUAACAACUUCCACCCAUUCCACCCCCCAGGUGGUCAGAAUUUUUCCAUCCCAGACCACUGCCAAGCCUUUGGUUGGCACACAUAGUGAUGCUGUAAGUUCCUCCAAUGGCAGCUUAUCUCGGCAUGUUCCAGUCAUGCAGGUCACAAGAGAACCUCUUCUCAGAAGGGGAAACUUAGACUCAAAAAUUGGGACUGUCAAACAGUCACGGGCUUCCUUAAAAAACUCUAGCUUAAAGCUAACUGGGACCACCACCACUACUGCCACUAUGUCCUCAGGGAUGGAUGCCGUGAGCCAAGAAGAAGAAAGGGCAUCCCCCGGAAGCAAAGAAAUGUUAGCAGCUAAUGUUUUGGCAGAGAGGUUUGCUUAGAGAACAUAAUUAUAUAAAAAAUUAUUGUAUUGUAAGAAAAUUUAUUGCGAGAAGAUAAUGUGUUCUGCGUCUUUAUGUUGCUGAGCUGUGAGUGGCAUGAAGGGCACUAGAAGUUUUUGUGGAAAACUAAAAGACAAAUGACAAUGUCCUCAUCAAAACAUAUCCAGCUGGGCAUUAGCAUCAAGCAUUCACCCAUUUGCUUGCAUUACUUUGUGUUAAAAGAGUAAAAUUUGUAAAGGAAAUGAGACAUGAGUUUUGUAUGUAGGAAAUUAUGUACAGUGAUAUUUUGGGAGACUAAAAGACACAGAAUACUAUAUCUGUAUAGUGUGCAGACACAAGCCUUAACUAAAAACUAUGCACUAAGGAAAAAGCAUAUAGUGGAAAUAUGAAGAUAAAUUUGGAGUGUUGUAUGAAAAUAAACAGUGGAGUAGAUGACAUUAAGUUGUCAGCUCAGGUACAAAACAAACAAACAAACCCCUUAGGCUGUGGAAGCUCAGUGGUGUGUGUUGUGUGUCGUGUGUUUAUUCAGUUAUAUUACAUUAAAUUAUUAGCUAAUUAGGUAGUCACUUCAUUUCAUUAGGCUCAUCUUUUGUCCUGUGCCUUGUAGGCUUCCGUGGUGUGGAACUCAAUCCCCAAGGGUCUAGGAGUCCUGUCCUUGCCCCCUGGAGGGGCAGUAGUUGUGAAGCCAAUAGUGGAGAUCAGAUGCUUGUAAAUAAGGCUAAAAGUGUAGGAAUACACCAACAAAUCCCAUUCAAUGGGCUCAAGAAUGUGUCUUUAUCUUUUGCUUGAUGCUGGUUAUGCCUUCCUGCCUUGCAUCCGGCAGGAGUGUAAAGGUUAUUUACAUACUAACUAUAAUAGGAUAAGAACUCAUUUUGAUUUCUUUAAAUUAAUAUAUACUUUUGUAAGCUUGCAGUAGUUGGAAGUGACCAGCUACUGCAAAUAUAUACUUUUUAUAACCAGUACCUAGAUAUUAAGGAAGGAACAAAGUCUGGUAUCCAGACCAUCACAGUUAAGGGGAAUGCAGAUAUACCUUUAAAAUACCCUAAGGUACGAUCACAAAAAUCAGUUUUACAUUUUUUCCCAUGCAUCUUGUGUAAAGUUACCAGUCCCAAUGGGGCAGCAAGACAGUCUUCCGUGUCUGGUGACGGUUUAAGGAACGGUGAAGCUCCACUCCAUUCUGUGGGCGGUUAGCUGCUAGGAGGCAUCACUUAGUCACAUGGUUGAUUGAUAUAACUAUUAUUGUUAUACAAGUAAAUAUGUUUACUUUAUGUGGAUAUGUGCAAUUGCUUAAAUUUUGUGUUCUUGCUUGUAUAUGCUUAUUAUUAAGUGACAGUCCUCUGCAAAAUGUCAAAUUAUUUUAAGUAUGUAUAAGAAUCAAGGCUUUUUUUUUAUUUUUUAUUUUUUAUUUUUUUUACGGAGGUUAAGAUUUCAUGAUGUUUAUAUGAGUGCUUGUCUGAACUCCCCAGAACUGUUGCCUUGUAUCCCUCUCUGAGGUGCCUUACUCGUGCCUGCAUCACAGCAGCAACCUUUGUGAUAGUCAUCCUGUGUGUCAGGAUAUAACUUGUGAACUCUGGUACUUCUGAUGCAGAAAUACAAUGAACCAAAGUGGAAAA